AUGAACAGCUUACUCCAGCUCAACACUCCUCUACGUCUACUGCAAUUGCCGCGGAAUUCCACAGUCGAGAUGUCACAAGUGACCUCCGCGCCGUCCUGGCCCGAAACCCGCCCCAACCUCGCAGCCAUGCCCACCGAGAUCCUCGAAAGAAUUAUCAACUUCGCAAUCCAGGGUUCCCCCUUCUUGACCGUAGCGUACUGGGGUCGUCCAGAGAUGCAGACCACCCCGUUCAGAUGGUACCCGGAAUGGCUACCUAGUCUUCUCUGCGUCUCUAAGCCAAUCCGUCAGGUCGCGCGCGUUGUCCUCUCUCGACAUGUCGAGCUACCUCUCGACGGAUUGUACUGGUUCCCCAGCAAUCAUGUACCUCAUCAUGAUACAUUGCCGCCUGAUAUCAAGAGAAAGUAUCGAAAGCACUUCGAGAAGUUGUUUGGAUGGGAAUGA